GUAACAGAAACAAAGGCAUCUGGCCACUACAACCUUAGUUUAAAAGGCAACCUUUCAUUUGCCAAAGGGUUUUACUCACAAAUUUGCAAUUGCGAAGGCUUAGUUUGUAAGAAGAAGCUAGAAGAAGAAGAAGAAGAAGAAGAAGAAGGAGACAUGGCUUGUGUAGUUGCUAGAACGGGAAGGGAGUUGCAGAGAUACAACAUGGGCCGCCGUCAAGUCGUAGGGUGCAUACCUUAUAGAUAUAAAAAUGGCCUUGAUGGUACCGUAAGCAAGGAGUUGGAAUUUCUUGUGAUUACUUCACAGAAAGGCAAUGCAUUCAUGUUCCCUAAGGGUGGUUGGGAGCUUGAUGAAUCUGUUGAAGAAGCUGCUUCACGAGAGUCGCUAGAAGAAGCAGGUGUUCUUGGAAAUGUUGAGUGUCAAUUGGGACAGUGGAGUUUCAUGAGCAAAAGCCAUAACACAUAUUAUGAAGGCUACAUGUUCCCUUUGUUUGUCAAGGAACAACUGGAUCUCUGGCCAGAGAAGAACGUACGACAACGCAUUUGGAUGACUGCUGCCAAAGCUAGAGAAGCAUGUCAACAUUGGUGGAUGAAGGAAGCCUUGGACAUUUUGGUCGAGCGGCUUACCUCAGAACAGAACGAGAGUCAUGACGACGAUGCAUGUCUAGUAUCGGCUUGUUCUUUGAGCUAAGCAACAGAGAUCAACUCCUAUCAUUUUGUACAUAACCGACACUUGCUUAGGGAAUCAAGCGAAAAGGAGAGAAAAGAAAACCAAUGACAGUACUACUUAGAGA